AUGCCUUCCCCAGCAGCAGGAAAGGGUGACACCCCCCGCACCCCUACUAAGCUCGGACGAAAGCCACAAUCAGCUGCCCCCAAGCUGAGCAAGCCUCAAGACAAGGCUGAAGACACAAAGAGCCAGGCACAGGACUCUGUAGACGACACCAAGAAGCAAGGUGAGGAUGUCUCAGCAGGUGCCGAGGAGAAGGUUGAAGACACCAAAUCCCAAGCACAAGACACUGCCGAAGACUCAAAGAAGAAGGCAGAGGACACCGCCACAGACACCAAGAAGAAGGUAGAUGACACUACCGAAGACACAAAGUCAAAGGGCGAGGACGCCGCAGAGGAGACGACAGGCAAGGUUUCACAAGCUGGCGACGAGCUAGAGCAAGCUGAGCCAAAACCCAUCGACGACGACGAGGAAGAUGCCGAUGAGUCUGCCGACGACGCCACUCAAAAGGCAGGAGACGAAGCCGAAGAUACUGCUGAAGACACUGCCGACAACACCGAGGACGAUGCAACAGACACCGCCAGCAAAGCCGCGGAUACCGGCAAGCAGGCAGGUGGAGGUGCGUUGAGCGGUGCUCGCGGCCUCGCUGGCCGUGCUUCAAAUCUGGCCGGCAAGGCCAAGAAGGACCCAUCAGGUGCUGCGCAGGAAGCCGGCGAUGAUGUCAAGGACGGCGCCGAGGAUGCUGCUGAGUCCACUCAGGAGACAGCCGAGGACACAGCUGAAGGCGUCGAGGAGACAUCCGAAGAUGCCACAGCCAAAGCCAAGAACACCGCCGAAGACGCGACUGAAGAUGCUGAAGAGACCGCCGAGGACGCGACCGAUGCCGCUGAAGACAAGGCUGAAGACGCGACCGAUGCUGCCGAAGACAAGGCUGAAGACGCAACCGAGGGCGCCCAAGACAAGACCGACGAUGUCAAGGACUCCGCCGACGAGGCGAAAGACUCGGUCGAAGACACCACAGGCCAAGAUCUCCCAGAUACCCCCGAUCUGAGCGUACUCAAGGGCCUUGAGGUCAACGAGGAGGGUCAAGUCCAAGACAAGGACGGCAAGACACUCGGACGACUCGUCGAGGGUGAUGCUGAGGACCUCGCUGGUUACCCCAUUGGUGACGAUGGCGAGAUCCUCGAUGACGACGGUGACCUCGUUGGUCGCGUCGAACUCACCCCCGAGGCUGUUGAGGAGCAACAGAAGGAUGCCGCUGGCGACAGCCCCAAGUUGCCCAACAUCAACAUCCUGAAGGGUCUCACUGCUGACCGAUCUGGCCAAAUCCUCAACGAGGAUGGCGACUUCAUUGGUCAACUCGUCGAAGGCGACCCGUCUGAGAUCCAGGGCAAGGAGUUCAACGAGAAGGGCGAAAUCCUUGAUGACGAUGGCAACGUCAUCGCUCGUGCUGAGCUCUCACCCGAGGCUGCCGACCUUGUCGACCAGGAUGCGGAUGAGGAGGACGAAGAUGAGGAAGGCGAUGCUGCCGAUGGCAUUGCCGAGAAGGCUGAAGAGGCCAAGGACGACGUUGAGCAGACUGGUGAAGAUGCCAAGGAUGGCGUCGAAGAAGCCGCUGCUGAUGUCGAGGAUGAGCUGCCAGGUGUCGAGGCCCUCGAGGGCAUGGAGAUUAACACCCAAGGCGAGAUCCUCAACGAAGACGGCGACGUUGUCGGCAACGUUGCGGAUGGCGACCUCGAGAACAUCGAAGACGUCAAGGGCCUCACUGUCAACGACAAGGGUGAGGUUGUUGAUGCUGAAGGCAACGUUCUUGGCCAAGUCGAGCUCGCUGAGGGCGCAGCUGAGAAGCUCAAGGAGGCUGCUUCCGGUGCUCUCGACGUCAGAAUCUUGGAUGGCCUCAAGGUCAACAAGAAGGGCAAGGUGCUCGAUUCUGAGGGCGAGGAAAUCGGCGAGCUCAAGGACGGCGAGAUCGCCGACUGUGCCGGCAAGACCAUCAACGACAAGGGCGAAGUCCUCGACAAGGAAGGAAACGUCAUCGGCAAGGUCGACGUCGUCGCAGGCGAGGCUGCCUUCGAGGCCAUCAAGGAGCUCAAGGAGCGUCUUGGUGAGACUGAGGAGGGUGAGACUGAGGAGGGUGAGGCCGAGGCCGAGGAUGGCGAGCCCGAGGUUAAGGAGGUCGAGAUUACUCCUGACAUUGACGAACUCGAAGGCCUCAAGGUUAACAAGAAGGGCCAAGUUCUCAACGAAGAUGGUGAGCCGAUUGGCGAGCUUAUCGAGGGAGAGGCUUCCGAGUGCGCCGGAAAGAAGAUCAACGAGAAGGGUGAGGUCCUUGACAAAGACGGCAACGUCAUCGGAAAGGUCAAGGCCCUUCCCCAGUUGGUCGAGCAGAAGGUGGAUGACGCGGAACCUGAAGUCAAAGAGGUUGAGGUCACCCCUGACAUCGAUGAGCUCGAAGGCUUGAAGGUCAACAAGAAGGGCCAAGUCCUUAACGAGGACGGCGAGCCAAUCGGUGAGCUUAUCGAGGGAGAAGCUUCCGAGUGCGCCGGCAAGAAGAUUAAUGAGAAGGGUGAGGUUCUUGACAAGGAUGGCAAUGUCAUCGGUAAGGUCAAGGCUCUACCUCAGGUCAUUGAGCAAAAGGUUGGAGAGGCUGAGGACGCCGCCGACGCUGCCGAAGAAGCUCAGGAGGGAGCAGAGGAGGCCGCUGAAGAUGCCCAGGAUGCCGCUGAGGAUGCUGAGGAGGACAACCGACCUCCUCUUUCGAUCCUCGAGGGUCUCUCAGUCAACAAGGCUGGCAAGCUUAUCGACUCCAACGGCAACAUCGUUGGUGAGCUCACCGAGGGUGACGCUAAGAAGCUUUCCAAGUCUGGCGUCACCGCCGACGCUGAAGGCCAGUUCUGGGACAACAAGGGCAACGUCAUUGGUCGUGCCCAGACUAUUCCCCAGGAAGAGGCUGAAGAGGAAUCUCCCUUUGCUGGUCUUGAGGGCCUCAUUGUCGUCAAGGACGGCUAUGUUGAGGAUGAGAACGGCAACCGUGUCGGUCAGGUUGUCGAGGGCGACGCUAAGAAGCUUGUUGGUCGUCGCGUUGAUGAGGAUGGUGAUAUCAUCGACAAGAAGGGCUCAGUCGUCGGCCACGCCGAACGCUACGAGGAGCCUGACGAGGAGGUCGCAGCCGAGGAGGAACCCGAGGACCUCUCCAUUCUUGCUGGCAAGACCGUCAACAAGCAGGGCAAUGUCAUCGGUGACGAGGGCGUGCCCAUUGGCCGUCUCGUCGAGGGCAACCCCAAGGAGCUUGCUGGCAAGAAGAUUGAUGAGAACGGUCAGAUCUGGAACGACUCUGGCAAGGUCAUUGGCCGUGUCGAGCUCAUUCCCGAGAACGAGCGUGAGGCCAAGCCUGAAGGACCUUUCGCCGGCCUCCAAGGUCUCCGUGUCGUUGCUGACGGCAAGAUUGCUGAUGAGGAUGACAACAUUGUUGGUCAAAUCGUCGAAGGCAACCCUAAGCGCCUUGUUGGCAUGGCUGUUGAUGAGGAUGGUGACAUUCUCGACAAGUACGGCAACGUCAAGGGCCACGCAGAGCCGCUCGAGGACGAGGAGGAGGCCCAGCCUGAUGACCUUUCCAUCCUUGAUGGCCUCAGCCUGAACAAGCAGGGAUACCUCGUCGACAGCAACGGCAUUCCUGUCGGUCGCCUUGUUGAGGGUAACCUGAAGGAUCUCGCUGGUCGCAAGUCUGACGGUGAAGGCCAAAUCCACAAUGACACCGGCAAGGUCGUCGGCCGCUGCGAGCUCAUCCCUGAGAACGAGCGCGUCACCAAACAGGAGGGCCCAUUCGCCGGCUACGAGGGUCUGCGUGUGGUCAAGGACGGAUUUGUCGAUGACAACGACGGCAACCGCGUUGGCCAGAUCACUGAAGGUGAUGCUAAGCGCCUCGUCGGCCACUCUGUCGACGAAGACGGCGACAUCAUUGACAAGUAUGGCAAUGUCAAGGGCCAUGCUGAACCUUGGUCUGAGGAGGAGGUCGAGGAGGUCGACCUUAGCGCCCUUGCUGGAUGCACUGUCAACAAGGCUGGCAAUGUCGUCGACUCCAGUGGUACCAUUCUCGGUCGCGUCUCCGAGGGUGACCCAGCCACCUUGGCUGGCAAGAAGGUUGACGGUAAGGGUCAGAUCUGGGACAACGAAGGCAAUGUUAUCGGCAAAGCCGAGCUUGUCCACGGUCAAUCCUCCGGACCUGAGGGUGACUUCGCUGGCUUCGACAGCGCCACCGUCGCCAAGGAUGGCACUAUUCAGACCCCUGAAGGCACCAUUAUCGGACGUGUCACCGAGGGUGACAUUAAGAAACUUGUCGGCCACAAGGUCGAUGAGGAUGGCGACAUCAAUGACAAGAACGGUAACGUCAUUGGUAAGGCCGAGCGCUGGGAGCCCGAGGAGAAGGAGCGCCGCGUCAACCCCAUGGCUGGCAUGCACGUCAACAAGGAGGGUGAGGUGCGCGACGAGAAUGGCGAUGUUGUUGGCCGUCUCACUGCUGGUGAUCUUGGUCACUGUGCUGGUCUUGAGAUUGAUGACAAUGGCUAUGUUGUCGACAAUGACGGCAACAAGGUCGGAGAAGUUACUCUCUUGGAGAACAUCCAAGAGGAAGAAAUUCCUGAGGAUGAGACCGACGAGGAGAGGCAGAGGCGUGAGGAUGGUGAGCUCGCCGACAAGAUGUCUGCCAUUUGCCAGCAGACUCUUGAGCGUGUUCAGCCUGUCAUGAAGCAGAUCACUGAUUACAUCGAGCAAGCCGAUCGCACACCUCGCGACGAGCUCGACGAAGAAGAGCUUGUUAACAACGUCAAGCCGCUCAUCGAAGAGGGCUCCCGCAUUCUCAACGACUGCAACGGCUCGCUCCGAGGUCUUGACCCUGACGGCCGCAUCGCUGCACAGGCCAAGGGCCGCCAACAGACCGGCGAGGCUACUCCCCAGGAAUACAAGCUGGCCGACAACCUCAAGGAACUCACUACUUCUGUCGUCACUACCAUCGACAACGCAAAGAAGAAGAUCUCCGACAUGCCCCACGCCAAGAAGAAGCUCAACCCGCUCUGGUCCCUGCUCACGGAGCCGCUGUUCCAGAUCAUCGCCGCUGUUGGCUUGUUGCUGACCGGUGUAUUGAACCUGGUCGGCAAGCUGCUCAACGGUCUUGGUCUUGGUGGUCUCGUCAACGGACUGCUCGGUGGCCUUGGUAUCAACAAGCUGCUCGGUGGUCUGGGUCUAGGCGGCCUGACCGACUCCCUUGGUGGAGGCAAGGACAAGAAGAAGGGUGGCGGUGUGAGCAACAUCCCCCUUGUUGGCGGUCUGCUCGGAAAGAAGUAA